GAUUUUUACCCACUAAGCGAGGCCAGGGAUCAAACCCACAUCCUCAUGGAUACUAGUCGGUUUCUUAACAUGCUGGGCCACAACAGAAACUCCUGUAUGUGAAUGUGAUCAUAAAAAGACAACUCCCAUGUGCCUUCCCUGGCUCUCUCAAGCUGUUUCAUGCUCUCUUGAGAGGCCUCCCUUACCCUAUCCAUAAACAAAACCUCUGGAGGAAUAAACCCUUUCCUAACCUCUUUCCAGUGAGGGAUUCUCAUGCUCGGGGGUUGAGGUCUCCUGCUCCUUUACUGCAAGGGGGAUCAUAGAAAUGACAGACAUUGGCUGGGUGGCCUGUAGAGCAGCUGGUCAGGAAACACUUCCUCCUGAUUGGAGACUGGGGAUUUUACGUUCUUUGGAAGAAAGCACUGCUGACACUUACACAUAUUUUAUAAUUGCGGGGAAAUUCAGUAUCAGACCAUCAUGGUCUUGAGCGAAGUCUUUGCCGUCUGCAGCUCUUAACGUGUUCCUCAAGGCAGCAGGGCCCAGGGUAACUAAUGGUUCUGCCAGGAAGAGCUUUCUGGCCUAUCGUUGAUUCAGUUGGUGUUCCUGUGUGCCAGGAAUUGGCUGGAAGCUGCUCAGAGGCACAUGGGUAUAUGGAUUUUGUAAUGUAAGUUGUCACGCCUUCUUCCUUAUGUCUGCGUUCUCAGAUCCAAAUUACUCACUAGCCCAUCAAAUACAACAGAGAGAGAAAGGAAGAAUUGCAUCUGUGAUGAUGAUGACACAAGUUAAAAGUAAUUUUCUCCACAGGAGUAUUUGCAUCUAGCCAUCUGAUUCCUUCUAAUGGCCUGAAGAACCCAGAACUCUGUGGCCAGCUAGGCUUUGUUAAAGAUUUGCUUUCCACAGGCCUCUUGGAAUCUCAUGUUUGGUGAUGAAAAUAGAAGAGAAACCCUCUAGUUCCUCGUCAUGGUUUUAUUCACUGGGACCUCAUGGAGUGCUGUGAACAGUAGGACUCAGUGGUUUUUGAGGAUGUGGCCGUGAACUUCACCCUGGAGGAGUGGGCCUUACUGGAUCUUUCCCAGAAGAAACUCUAUAGAGAUGUGAUGCGAGAGACCUUGAGGAACCUGGCCUUAGUAGGGAGAAAAUGGGAAGGUCAUGCCAUUGAAGAUGAGUACAAAAAUCCGGGGAGGAAACCAAGAAAUCUUGUGGUAAGAAGACUCUGUGAAAAUAGAGAGGGUAGUCCACCUGGAGAAAACUUGAGCCUUAUUCCAAGUCUCAGUUUGAAUCAGAAAACUCCUGGGGUGAAACCACAUCCAUGCAGUGCUUGUGGAAAGGGCUUCAUGCAUCGUUCAUCCCUUAACAGACACAUUAAAUGUCACACUGAACCAAAACCAGAUGAGUGUUGGAAAUAUGGAGAGAAGCCAUAUACAUGUAAGGAAGAUGGGACAGCCUUCAGUUAUCUCCAGGUUUCUGAAAAACAUGAGGGAAAUCACAGUGGAAAGGAAAUCUAUACGUGUACAGAGGGCGGAAGAGCCUUCAUGUGCCUCAGAAGUUUCCAGAGACACAAGGUAAUGCACACUGGAAAUGUUCCUCAUAGAUGUAAGGAAUGUGGCAAAACCUUUACUUCCUCAGAUUCUCUUCAAAUACACGAAAGAACCCACACCAGAGAAAAAUCCUAUCCGUGUAUACAGUGUGGAAGAACCUAUAGAUCCCAUCACAAUUUUCAAGCACAUUUAAGGACUCACAUAGAAAGGAAACCAUUUGAAUGUAAAAAAUGUUGUAAAGUUUUCAUUUGUCCUCGUUCCCUUUGGAAGCAUGAAAGAAUUCAUAGUGAGGAGAAACCCUAUACAUGUAGAGAAUGUGGUAAAGCUUUCCAUUCUCUUGUAGACUUCCAAGUACAUGAAAGAAGUCACACUGGAGAAAAACCCUACAGAUGUGAAAAAUGUAGUAAAGCCUUCAGUCGUCCCAGUUAUCUUCGAAAACAUGAAAGAAGGCACAUCAAAGGGAAAACCUAUGAUUGUAAACAUUGUGGAAAAGCCUUCAGAGAUCACCAAUUCUUAGAAAAACAUGGAAGAACUCAUACUGGAGAGAAACCCUAUGAAUGUAAACAGUGUAUUAAAGCUUUCAGUUACUAUUAUUCCUUAAAAAUACAUGUAAGGACUCAUACUGGAGAGAGACCCUAUAAAUGUACAGAAUGUGGAAAAGCUUACCGAUAUCUCAGUUCCCUUCAAACACAUCAAAGUAUUCACACAGGAGAAAUACCAUAUGAAUGUAAGCAAUGUGGUAAAGCUUUGAUUUCUCGGAGAGGUUUCCAACUGCAUGUAAGAAAUCAUACUGGAGAAAAACCAUAUGAAUGUGAAAAAUGUCAUAAAACCUUCAGUUGUUCCAGUUACCUUCGAAGACAUGAGAGAAUUCACAGUGUAGAAAAACCCUAUGAAUGUAAGGAUUGUGGGAAAGCCUUCAUCUGGUACACGAGCUAUCAAAGACACACGAAAAUACACAGUGGAGAGAAACCCUAUGAAUGUACGCAGUGUAGUAAAGCAUUCGUGUGUCCCAGUUAUCUUCGCAAACAUGAAAAAACUCAUGCUAGAAGGAAACGCUAUGUCUGUAAACAGUGUGGUAAAGCCUUCAGUUUUCACCGUUCCUUACAAACACAUGAAAACACUCACACUGGAGAGAAAACGUACAAAUGUAAACAUUGUGGUAAAGCCUUCAAUUAUAACUGUUCCUUACAAACACAUGGAAAAACUCAUGCUGGAGAGAAACCCUAUAAGUGUGGAAAAGCCUCCCUUUGUUGCCCAAACUGUCUAAGACGUGUGAGAGUGCACAGGGGAAAGAACCACAUAAAUGUGAAGAAUAUGAGAAAGCCUGUAGUCAUCUUAAUCCCCUUAGAAGGCACAGAAAGACUCACUGGAUAAUCUUGAAUGUAAACAGUGUGGUAAGACGUCAUGAGCCCACAUUCUUACAUGUGUAAACUCCUACAGUAAAGAAGAAAAAAAGUAAGUAACAUGACCAAGUUUGAUGGAAAUUAAUUUAUGUAUGAUGUUCCAGAAAACUUUGAGCCUGAAAGACUCGUUAUUAAUGUUGUGAAUUUAUUAUGUUUAUCCAGUCUCUUCCUUGGCGUGCACCACUGGACUCUGGAUUUUUACCUGUUAAUUUUUAUUUUUUUGGUUUUUAGGGCCACAUCCGAGGCAUAUGGAGCUUCCCAGGGAAGGGAUCGAAUCAGAGCUAUAGCCUCUGGCCUAUACCACAGCCAUAGCAAUGCGAGAUCCAAGCUGCAUCUGCGGCCUACACACAGCUCAUGGCAACACUGGAUCCUUAACUCACUAAGCAAGGUGAGGGAUUGAACCCGAAACCUCAUGGUUCCUAGUCGGAUUCGUUUCUGCUGCACCACAAUGGGAACUCCCCUGUUAAUUUUUAGAAAGAAAUAUUGAAGUGAGACUUCUUCGGGUUGUUUUUCAAUGGUAGUAAUAUGAGUGCAACGUAGUUCAGGUAAUUUCCUCAAAUGAGUUAAUAUUUUCUCCAUUUUUGAGCCUGUGGGAUCCAUAUGUGAAUUCAAGUGUGUUUCUGAUAAGGAGUUAGGUUUAUUUGUAAAUAGUGUUUUCUUUGUUCUUUGUUAGGGGACCAUUGAGGAAUGAUAGUUUGGUAUUGGGAUUUUCCUUCUUGGCCUUGUGUGGCAGUUUCUAAAUACCCCUACUCCAUUACUUAUAUAAAUAUUCCACCUCUCUUGUGGAAAAAGCUUCUGUUGGGGUAAUGGGUAUGCGAGCAUUUUUAUAUUUUCCAUUCUAAUAAAUAGUUGUGAUAAAUUUUAUGUGUGUUAAGUUUGUGAACGAAUAUAGUUUCAUGUGAAUUAUUAUUUUCUUAUUUGGGCCUUUGCUUUUUGUCUGUUACUCUGGCUGGAAUUUGAUGAAAAGACUUUGGCUUAAAAAGAGAGGUAAGAUAUAAUAGGAUCAAAAACUGAAUAUAAUGGAAAAAAAUUAUAUUUAAAAAUUUUUUUAAAAAGUUGGCUCCAAAAGGAGACAGUCUGGGGGGUGGGGGGAUGUAUUUGGGUUGUGGGAUGGAAAUCCUAUAAAACUGGAUUGUAAUGAUCAUUGUAAAAAAAAAAUUUUUUUUUAAUAAAAUAAAAUUAAAAAUUAAAAAAAAGAAGUUGGAAAUAUCCUCCCUGUGGAUAAUGUCAGGGACUAGAUUUUACAAAACCCAUUCCCAUUUAUGGUUCCAUGUUAGAAUUCACCAGGAGCCUCACUUGCAUGGGAUUUGGAAGGCAGAAACAAACAAGGCAUUCUUAGUCAGAGUUUGGAGCCACCAUCCAGGGAGAGAGACCAAGCCACAGGAGCUUCAAGGAUUCCAUCUUCCAGCCUGUUUUCUGGAUUUUGUGGACCUUUUCAUCAAGAGUAUCCUCAAAACCACCCCCAGCUGUUUGAUUUCUGUUUUCAUAGAGCCGUAGGUUUGCGCUGAUGUCUUCCUAAGAUCCACGUCAAAGAUCCACUGGAGUUUGGAUUUCUUGCUGGGUUCUUUGGUGUCCAUCAGGAAACUAAUUGAGACUUUCAUGCUUGGGAGUACUGUCUGAUUCCCCACUUCUCUAAUGAUAUCCAUCUGAGGUCUAAUUGGUAUGGGAAGCACUUUAUGCUUUUCAGAGUGCUAGGGGGAAUGUUUGCGUCUACAAAGGUGCAGUCAAAAAGGACAUGGGGGUGUGUUUCUCUACUGCCUCGUGCACUGGCUGCCUUAAGUGGUCCUUCCCUGUGAGAAUAGGCACCUUCCUCCUGUCAUGUCAGCAGGAUGGACUGUGGGUGUCUCCUGUUCCCUGCAGCUGAAUGUAUGUCUCAGUGUUUUCCAACAUGUAUGUGUGUUUUUUUGGUCAAAGGAAAGUUUCUGUAUUCCUUUCAUUGAAAUCUAUUCUUAACUCCUUUCUAAGCUAUCAUAUGGUAAGAAAUAUUGUUUUUUAAAAUAUCCUGAGAGGAUAUAUUAAUAAUAUGUCCCAUUAUAAUUGUGAAAUUUUUUUUGUCUUUUUUUAAUUUUUUUGGGGCCGCACCCACAGCAUAUGGAGGUUCCCAGGCUAGUGAUCUAAUCCGAGCUGUUGCUGCCAGCCUAUGCCACAGCAGUGCCAGGUCCAAGCUGUGUCUACAACUUACACCACAGCUCACAGCAACGCUGGAUCCUUAACCCACUGAGCAAGGCCAGGGAUUGAACCCUCAACCUCAUGGUUCCUAGUCAGAUUCAUUUCGGCUGCGCCACAACGGGAACUCCCUAAUUGUGGAUUUUUCAAAGAAACUUGGUGAUUUUUUCAUUUAGUGACUCUAAGUUAUGAGUCAGUGUUAUCUUUUCCAUAAAAUGUUCUGGUAAUUUGUCCUCAAGCAUGUUUUUUUCUUCUUCAAUAUUUAUAGUUUUUGAUGUGAAACUAAUUUUUCAUUCAUAAUUUAUAGCCAAAACUUAAAUUACGUAUUUUCAGUGCCCUCUUCCUAGUGACCCACACGAUUGCACCUGUGGUCAAAGAGAAGGGUGUAAUGAAUUCUGAUAAUAAGAAUGACCACAGCAUACAGUGACCACGUGCUGUAUCAUAAAGGGUAGUCUGGACUUCUGUGGGUUUUGGCUUGUGUCAUAUGAUUUGAUUGCUAUUGAAAGCAUCAGGAAUUUUUUUGUGUAUUGAAUGCUGUGAGGGCUAACCUUUAUCAUUGGUAAUCAUGAAGCUGGUUUUCUAGAAGGCAAAACAGUUGAAUGCAGUGAAAUCGAAUUCAUGAGGAGCCCCCCCCCCCCGCCAGUCCAUCAUAAUAGUAAGAAGAGGGAAAUAUUGGUCAUUGUUAGGAUUUGAAACAGGUUUAUAAAAUCCCUUUAUAUGUGUCUUGACCCAUGAUGGUCACUGAUUGCCUUUGAUGCAGGAGGUCUGAGACAUUUUGUCUUCAGCAGGAUAAGAUUAGGCCUUGCAGUGAAUACAGGCCAGCUCCUGGUCCUUUGGAACAGCUUUUGCCUUUCCUGCUUAUGACUAAAAACUGAUGUAUUUUUUAACAUUGUUUUGGAUUUUUUUCUUUUUGCCAUAAAGUCUGUCAGUUAAAGUAUAUAAAUUGACUUCUUAGUAUGUGCUGUGUAAUAGUUUCAGUAAUAACUCCCUUAUGAUUCAACUGGGGCAUUUAAGUAAAUUGUGAGAAAACACAGGUAGCAAGGGAAGAAGACAGGACCUCUGUCCUCAUCAAGCCUUCUUGCUCAGAGACUGUACUCUGGAGGUGACUGGUUCAGCAUCUCUCAUUGCCAUGCAGUUGAGUCCGUCUCUCAGUCCCCUGAGACCUCUAUCAGGUGAGUCAUAAGCCUUUCCUGUCCUCCCGGGGUGUGUGUGUGCGCUACGCUACCCGGGCAGCAGUCUCAACCCCACUUCUGCUGGUGACCAUGACAGCUGGCACCGUGAGCAGCAUGUCCAGACAUGACCAGCACCCGUGGGUCUGUCUUGCUUGGACUUGCUCACCUGCUCUGCUGUCUAUUGGUGGCCAGCACUCGGGGCUGCUGGGGGCUGGGGAGCUCGUGCUGUGACCUGUGCUGUUCUGUGUUGCACUGUUUACACUCCCAAGCCUCAGUUCUGAGUUCAGCCCAUCAGAAUUGUCAUUUUCAGAAUUUUGAAAAACAUAGUAGGCUAAACACUCUCUGACAUAAACCACAGCAAUAGUUCUCAGAUCCACCUCCACCUCCACCUCCUAGAGUAAUGACAGGAAGAGCAAAAAUAAACAAAUGGGACCUAAUUAAACUCCAAAGUUCUUGCACAGCAAAGGGAACCCUGAACAAAAUGAAAAGGCAACCCACAGGAUGGGAGAAGAUCUUGGCAAAUGAAACGACUGACAAGGGAUUAAUCUCCAAAAUACAGAAACACCUCCUGCAACUCACUACCAAAAAAACCCAAAACAACCCCAUCCAAAAAUGGGCAGAAGAUCUAAACAGACAAAUCGUCACAGGAGAGAGACAUCAGACAGCCAAAAAACACAUGAAAAGAUACUCAUCAUCACCCAUUCUUCGAGAAAGGCAAAUCAGAACCAGGAUGAGGUACCACCUUACACAAGCCAGAAUGGCCAUCAUCAAAAAAUCUACAGACAAUAAAUGCUGAGGAGGGUGUGGAGAAAAGGGAACCCUCUUACACUGUUGGUGGGAAUGUAAACGGGUGCAACCACUAUGGAAAACAGUAUGGAGAUUCCUCACAGAACUGAAAAUAGAAUGACCAUUUGAUCCAGCAAUCCCACUCCUGGGCAUCUAUCCACAGAAAACCAUGACUCGAAAAGACACACGUACCCCAGUGUUCACUGCAGCACUGUGUGCAAUAGCCAAGACAUGGGAGCAACCUGAAUGGCCACUGACAGAGGAGUGGCUGAAGAAGAUGUGGUGCAUAUACACAAUGGACUGUUACUCAGCCAUAGAAGGAAUGCAGUAAUGGCAUUUGCAGCACCAUGGAGGGACCUAGAAAUCAUCAUCCUAAGUGGAGUUAGACAGUGAGACACAAAGGCCAUAUGCAAUCACUUAUAUGUGGAAUCUGAAAACAGGAUACAGCAAACUUCUUUGCAGAACAGAUACUGACUCCCAGACUUUGAAAAGCUUAAGGUUAUCAAAGGAAACAGGUUGGAGGUGGGGAGGGAUGUGCUGGGGGUUUGGGAUGGAAAUGCUGUAAAAUGGGGUUGUGGUGAUUGUUGUACAACUAUAAAUAUAAUAAAAUUCAUUGAGUUAAAAAAAAAAAUAGGCGUUCCCGUCGUGGUGCAGUGGUUAACGAAUCCGACUAGGAACCAUGAGGUUGCGGGUUCGGUCCCUGCCCUUGCUCAGUGGGUUAACGAUCCGGCGUUGCCGUGAGCUGUGGUGUAGGUUGCAGACGCGGCUCGGAUCCCGCGUUGCUGUGGCUCUGGCGUAGGCCGGUGGCUACAGCUCCGAUUCAACCCCUAGCCUGGGAACCUCCAUAUGCCGCGGGAGCAGCCCAAGAAAUAGCAACAACAACAAAAGACAAAAGACAAAACACAAAAAAAAAAAAAAAAAAAAAA